AUGGCUGCUGGGAAUGACACCGUUGGGAAGACCGAGUUGGUUCAUCCUAGCCCAUCUGCGUUUGCCCACGCGGUUCUACGAACGACACCAGAGAACUACGAAACCAUGAUCCAGUUCUACCUGAAAUUGCUUCACGCCGAAAUUGUUCAUUACACACCCAGACUUGCCUUCUUGCGUUAUGACCAUGAACAUCACCGCAUUGCCAUAGCCAACGAUCCUAAUCUCAGGCCCAAGCAGAAAGACGAUCCACGGGUUGAGGUUGACCACCUUGCGUACACAUACUCCAACCUGACAGAACUCGCCCAGGUCUAUACUUCGAUGAAGACUGGGGCAAACCCGGUCUUGCCCGUUUGGACGACAAACCACGGCCCAACAACCAGCAUCUACUAUCUUGACCCAGACGGAAAUCGAAUCGAGUGCCAGGUAGACAACUUCGACACGGCGGAGGCCGCUGACGCGUUUAUGAAAGGGCCUCUGUUCUCGAUGAACCCAAUCGGUACCGACUUUGACGCCGAGGAAUGGGCACAAAGUAUUCUCUCCAAGGCCAACCCUGACGGCUCGGAAGGUCUGACUGCCGAAGAUGCAACGAAGAUCAAGACAAGGCAAGAGAUUGGCCAGCGUUACACUUUGCCGGCACAUAUUGCCCUUUCCAGACCCACCGUAGCCGCUCAAUGA